AUGCCGAUUCGCAGGGGGCAUGUGGCGCCCCAGAACACUUACCUGGACACAAUCAUUCGAAAAUUCGAGGGUCAGAGCCGAAAGUUCCUGAUCGCCAAUGCUCAGAUUGAGAACUGCGCCAUCAUUUAUUGCAAUGAUGGGUUUUGCCAGCUCUUCGGCUACUCCCGAAUGGAGGUGAUGCAGCGACCCUGUACCUGUGACUUCCUCACUGGCCCUGAUACUCCACCAAGUGCUGUGUCCCAAUUGGCCCAGGCUCUACUGGGUGCUGAGGAAAGAAAGCUGGAGAUCCUCUAUUACAGAAAGGAUGCUUCAUGCUUUCGUUGCCUGGUGGAUGUGGUUCCCAUAAAGAAUGAAGAAGGAAACGUCAUCAUGUACAUUCUCAACUUUGAGGACCUGGCGCAGCUCCUGGCCAAGCGCAGUAGCCGAAGUCUGACCCAGCAUCUAUUGUCCCAAGGCUUCCUAAACUCUGAAUGCUCCAGGGGCAAGCUAGGUGAGCAAAGUUCUGCAUCUGAUGCGGACCAAGUCAAAUAUCGUACCAUCAGCCAGAUUCCCCAGUUCACACUCAACUUUGUGGAGUUCAACCUGGAAAAGCAUCCAUCUAGUUCUACCACUGAGAUCGAGAUCAUCGCCCCACACAAAGUGGUGGAACGUACCCAGAAUGUCACAGAGAAAGUCACUCAGGUCUUGUCCCUGGGUGCAGACGUACUUCCUGAGUACAAGCUGCAGGCUCCUCGAAUUCACCGAUGGACCAUCCUACAUUAUAGUCCCUUUAAGGCUGUGUGGGACUGGCUGAUCCUUCUUUUGGUUAUCUACACAGCUGUCUUCACCCCUUAUUCAGCUGCCUUCCUACUCAAUGAUCAAGAGGAGACUAGAUACUGGAACUGUGGCUACUCUUGUAAUCCCCUCACCGUGGUGGAGCUCCUCGUGGAUAUUAUGUUCAUUGUGGACAUUAUUAUCAACUUCCGAACCACUUACGUCAAUUCCAAUGAUGAAGUGGUUAGCCAUCCGGGCAAGAUUGCUGUGCACUAUUUCAAGGGCUGGUUUCUCAUUGACAUGGUGGCUGCAAUUCCCUUUGAUCUUCUCAUCUUCCACACUGGUUCUGAUGAGACCACCACCCUGAUCGGACUUCUAAAGACCGCCCGGCUGCUGCGAUUGGUGCGAGUGGCCCGAAAGCUGGACCGCUACUCAGAGUACGGCGCAGCCGUGCUCUUCCUCCUCAUGUGCACCUUCGCCCUCAUCGCCCACUGGCUGGCCUGCAUCUGGUAUGCCAUCGGCAACGUGGAGCGCCCCUACCUGGAGCACAAGAUCGGGUGGCUAGACAACCUGGGCGACCAGAUCGGCAAGCGCUACAAUGACAGUGACCUCGGUUCGGGCCCCUCCAUCAAAGACAAGUAUGUCACUGCCCUCUACUUCACCUUCAGCAGUCUCACCAGCGUGGGUUUCGGCAACGUGUCCCCCAAUACCAACCCCGAGAAGAUCUUCUCCAUCUGCGUGAUGCUCAUUGGCUCCCUCAUGUAUGCCAGUAUCUUUGGCAACGUGUCUGCCAUCAUCCAGAGGCUCUACUCAGGAACUGCUCGUUAUCACACCCAGAUGCUUCGGGUCAAGGAGUUCAUCCGAUUCCAUCAGAUUCCCAACCCACUACGUCAGCGCCUUGAGGAAUAUUUUCAGCAUGCUUGGUCCUACACAAAUGGGAUCGAUAUGAAUGCGGUGCUGAAGGGCUUUCCUGAGUGUUUGCAGGCUGACAUCUGCUUGCAUCUGAACCGCACUCUGUUGCAACACUGCCAGGCUUUCCAGGGUGCCAGCAAGGGCUGCCUUCGUGCCUUGGCCAUGAGAUUCAAGACCACACAUGCACCUCCAGGGGAUACGUUGGUGCAUUAUGGGGACGUGCUGACCACACUCUACUUCAUUUCCAGAGGCUCCAUUGAGAUUCUGCGUGAGGACAUUGUUGUGGCCAUUCUAGGGAAGAAUGACAUUUUCGGGGAGCCCAUCAGCCUCAAGAGCCGGCCAGGCAAGUCCAAUGCAGAUGUGCGGGCACUGACCUACUGUGACUUGCACAAGAUCCAACGCGAAGACUUGCUGGAGGUCCUAGAAUUGUACCCUGCCUUCUCUGAAAGCUUUUGGAGCAAACUGGAGAUCACCUUCAAUCUUCAUGAUGUGAGUCAAAAAAAGGAACUCGCUCAAGAGAUGUACCACAGGGCAGGAGCAUUAAGAGAGUAGGU